AUGUUGCCGUGGAAUUGUGUCACCAAUAUUUACAUCUUCGUAAGCAUUUGCUUUAGAACUUUUCAAAUGACUGCAGCGUAUUUGUUUUAUCCUAAUAGUACCGUGAUACAGAUAACAGCUUCUAUAUCCUAUCCGAUUGUGGACUUGCCACCAAAGCGUAAAAUCCUCUGGGAUUGGGGCAUUCAAAUGAAUUAUAUGAUGCCCUAUGAUCCAGCGUCUUUCUACAAUGUGCCUAUUUGGCCCGUGGAGGAACGCUUUAAUGUUCGUACUCGAAGGUUCAGCGAAGUAGUGAGAAAAUACAUGGACUCAUUUAACAGUACUGACACGUUUCCAGAGUGGAUGGAUGCGAUAGGAAAUAGACACAUUUUCGAUUUUACAGCUGGUGAAUUGUACAGGGCAAUCGAACGUUUGAUAGAAAGCUAUGGCUAUCACUCUAGUUGUCUAUUCCAGAGCGUUUGCGAUUUAGCUAAACAUCCUUUUGAAGUCGAGCAGCGUCAUUUGAUUAUAGAUUUGAUUGCUUUCAUACUCACUCCUUCAUGGCAUUUGGGAUUCCAGCCAAGUGAAGAUGAGCAGCGUAAAGCUUACGAGGUAGCAGAAAAAUCUGGGAUUCGCGGUUUAGAUUGUAAAAAACUUUAUCCUAUUUGUAGAAAAAGUUUACUUGAUGUGAUAACAUAUGUGAUUUUUGACCAUAACUGA